CAAUGAAUGUUUUGAUUUUUGAACAGCUCCAUUGAAUCUCUUUGUUAAAUGUUCUUCGUCGAUAUUUUCAAAUUUGGUGCCCCCCAUGAAAUUGAUUAAAAACCGAAUCCCACGUACCCUUUAUAAAUUCAUUUCACCAAACCACAAAAUCUUCAUCCCAGCUAAUCCCGACAAUAUUACUAAACUCGGCCAGCAGCAAUGGCAAAAACUCUCUCUCACGUCUUUCUCUCCUGUCUCCUCCUCCGUCUCCUCCUCCUCUCUCCACUUUCCUCGGCAAUCAGGAAUCAGGUCAUGCCCAAACCAGCUUCCAAAUCUUCACCUCAACGGAGCUUCCCAAAAACACAAGCCCAAAAGCUUAUCAAAAGUUUCAACUUGUCCCCCAAACAUGACAUCAACAACGGGGGUGUCGGCCACGUGAUGGACGAGUCUUCGGCAGGCGGUCUGAUGAUGGUGGAGAAGCCUUUGAGAUUGCCUGUGCUUGGGGAACCUGCAGGGAAUAAUAGUAUUCAAGACUUGGGUCACCAUGCCGGUUAUUAUCGGCUCCCAAAUACAGUAGAUGCAAGGAUGUUCUACUUUUUCUUUGAAUCCCGGCAGAACAAUAACACUGACGACCCUGUUGUUAUAUGGCUCACUGGAGGCCCUGGCUGUGGCAGCGAACUCGCUUUGUUUUACGAAAAUGGCCCUUUCCAUAUCGCCAACAACUUGUCUCUUCUAUGGAAUGAGUUUGGUUGGGAUCAGGCGUCGAACCUUAUUUACGUUGAUCAACCAACUGGAACUGGCUUUAGUUACAGCUCCAGUGCAAAGGAUACUCGACAUGAUGAGAAUGGUAUUAGCAAUGACCUGUAUAACUUCUUGCAGGGGUUCUUCAAGCUACAUCCCCAAUACGUAAGCAACGAUUUUUUCAUAACCGGAGAAUCAUACGCCGGGCACUACAUCCCUGCUUUCGCUUCUAGGGUUCACCAGGGAAACAAAGCCAAGGAAGAGAUUUUUAUAAAUCUCAAAGGAUUUGCUAUUGGUAAUGGGCUCACUGAUCCUAUAAUCCAGUACCCAGCAUAUCCUGACUUUGCUUUGGACAUGAACUUGAUUCAACAAUCUGAUUACGACAAUAUCGAGAGCGAGUUGGUUCCCCCUUGCACACAGGCCGCAUCACUUUGUGGUGCUGACGGAGGAGAUUCUUGCACACAUGCAUACGAAGUUUGCAAUUCCAUAUUCAAUCGAAUAUUGUCCAUCACGGGUCAUAUUAACUACUAUGAUAUCAGAAAGCAAUGCGUGGGGCAGCUGUGCUACGACUUCUCCAACGUGGAGAAUUUACUUAACGAGCAAUCGGUUAGGGAUGCUUUAGGAGUUGGAGACAUUGAGUUUGUUUCGUGUAGCUCAACCGUGUCCGAGGCCAUGGUGACAGACAGGAUGAGGAAUCUUGAAGUCGGAAUUCCUGCACUUCUUGAAGAUGGAAUCAAGAUGCUGGCUUAUGCUGGGGAGUAUGAUCUCAUUUGCAACUGGCUUGGGAAUUCAAACUGGGUUCAUGCUAUGGCAUGGUCUGGGCAGAAAGACUUCACAGCUGCUUCCAAUGUUUCCUUUGUAGUUGAUGGUGCAGAAAAAGGUGUAAUGAAAAGCUACGGGCCUCUAACCUUCCUCAAGGUACAUGAUGCUGGUCACCUUGUUCCAAUGGAUCAACCCAAAGCUGCGCUGGAAAUGCUGAGGAGGUGGACACAAGGCUCUCUGUGAUCAAGGCUGCGCUGGAAAUGCUGAGGAGGUGGACACAAGGCUCUCUGUGAUCAAGUCUACGGGACAGCUUGGCCUCAUGUAACAAGCCAUUCCUAAUAGACUGUUCAAAUGUAUGAUAAAUGAAAGCAAAAAUUAAUAGGGACAUUCAAAUUAUCUUGUUCCUUUUUGGCAA